AAAAUCCAAGAAACCGUUGACACAAUGCGCUCCAACAUCUUCAAAGUUUCAGAACGUGGUGAACGUCUAGAUUCCCUCCAGGACAAGACGGACAAUUUGGCAACAUCAGCGCAGGGAUUCCGCAGAGGUGCCAACCGCGUGAGGAAGCAAAUGUGGUGGAAGGAUAUGAAGAUGCGCGUGUGCCUAAUCGUUUGUAUCAUUAUUCUGCUCAUUGUGAUUAUCGUCCCUGCAGGUAAGAUCAGCGCUAUCCUCUAGCACUCCACCAAGCUGGACUCGGAAAAGCAUCCCGGAAUGCGCUAACAGCUUUCUCCUUUUAGUUGUCGCCACCAAACAUUAAG